AUAUCAACACAGAGGCAUAUCUCUCUCAACUUCGACUCUCAUCCUCACUACCAACAUCUUUCUCUCUCCAUCUUGUGAUCUGCCUCGAUCUCAUCUCAUCAAUCCCAAGACGCAGCAUCACAUCCCCAGCCUAGUGUGCACCUAAAAGAUCAGCCCAAAAAACCCUAAUAACACGCGAAAAUAACAAAAAUGCUUUCCCGCGUGUUGAAAACAACCACCGGCCAAUCCAACGACAGUUCAUCCAGCCCUUCCUCUUCUUCCUCUCGCUCAUCUCAUGUCAAAUCAAAGUCGACGUCUGCAGCUCCGUCCAAGUUGAACAUCUCCGCUCCUUCGCCUUCAAAAAUCCCAGUCAUCUCCUCCACACCAAAGGGCAAAAUCACUACUGCGAGUAAGGAAAACGUUUCAUCCUCGGCGGCUCGGACCACUGCUACUGCACCGGCUGCGGCUGCUGCUGUUUCCUCUGAACGAUCAAGCUAUCUUUCAUUCCUAUUCGCUCAGACUCAACAAGCCAGCCAACCUACGACUCCGGUCAAGGUCAACUCCAAGGUCGAGCAGACUUCCAACCCCGCUCAAUACCUCGUCGCACCUCACCAUCACAACGCUCAUUACCAGGUCCCCCUUCAGACUUCGGCACCUCACAAAUCGACAGUAGCGGAUGACGGAGACAUUCAUAUGCAAACGCUAAAGAAUACGAUCAAUCCAGCCAUGCUCAAACAAUUAUCCAACAUCACCGCUCCUCCCUCCCGGGUCCAAGUCACCAACGGCAACCAGUUGGCCCCUCAUCGACAUGGUGCUGCAGGACUGGACGACGUGCAUAUGAAGACGCAGGCGAGACAUGAACCUCGAACGGAGAAGGAGCGAGGAUUGCAAAUGUGGGAGAAGGAGAUCUUGGAGAGUGCAGAAGUUAAGCGAAAGACGACUGUCGCGCAAAUUUAUUUCUUGGACUACUACUUCGACCUCCUUGGCUACAUUGCCAACCGCAAGAAGCGACUCGACACGUUCAAAGCGGAUACGUCUGAACGCAAGGUAACUGGUGAAGAGUAUUCAAAGGAGCUCGCCUCGUACAACGGUCGCGAACGUGUUCUUCUUCGCAAACGACGAACCAAGCUCCGUGUCGAGCAAUUCCGAAUCAUUGCUCAGGUCGGUCAAGGAGGAUAUGGAUCCGUCUUCCUCGCUCGAAAGGCAGACACGAAUGAGAUUUGCGCGUUGAAGAAGAUGCGAAAGGGAACUUUGGCCAAGAUGGACGAGGUCAAGCAUGUGUUGGUAGAGAGAGAUAUCUUGUGUGCCGUCAAGACACCUUGGUUGGUCCGGUUGCUGUAUGCGUUCCAAGAUAAGGAGCAUGUCUAUCUUGCAAUGGAAUACGUCCCGGGAGGAGACUUCAGGACUCUGCUAAACAACUCGGGGGUGCUCAAGGAGGAGCAUGCUAGGUUCUACGCAGCUGAGAUGUUCGCCGGAGUUAAUGAGUUGCACAAGCUUGGAUACAUUCAUCGUGACUUGAAGCCAGAGAACUUCCUUGUUGAUGGAACGGGACACGUCAAAUUGACCGACUUUGGUCUGGCAGCCGGUGCGCUCAACCCACAGAAGAUUGAAUCGAUGAGGCACAAGCUCGAUCAAGUCAAAGAUGAAGAUCUCAUCAUCCGGAGCACAUUGGAUCGAAGGACCGCGUAUCGAAGUAUGCGAAUGGCUGAACCUCGUUACGCGGAUUCGGUCGUCGGUUCUCCAGACUACAUGCCUCCGGAGGUAUUGCGAGGCAAGACAUACACAUUCUCCGCGGACUACUGGUCAUUAGGCUGCAUUCUGUUCGAAUUCCUCUGUGGCUUCCCGCCGUUCUCUGGACAGACUCCAGAAGAGACUUGGGCGAACCUCAAAAAUUGGCACAAGGUUCUUCGUCGACCUGUUUACGAUCGCCCAGAGGAUCUCAUUUUCAACCUGACAGAUACUGCAUGGGAUGCUGUCACUCGACUCAUUGCCCAUCCCAAGGACCGAGUAACGACCCUCGCCGAAGUUCAAACCCUUCCAUUCUUCCAAGACAUCCCCUUCGGCUCCCUCCGAUCGCUUCCUGCACCGUUCGUCCCCGUUCUCGAUGGCGAGACGGACGUCGGAUACUUCGACUCGUUCUCUUCGCCUGAGGACAUGGCCAAAUACGCCGAAGUAUUCAAAAAACAACGAGAUGUCGAGGCUGUGGAAGAGAAGGGAAGUGGAGAUAGGAACAAUUGGGUCGGAUUUACAUUCGGCAAGAAUCACGGGCUCGCUCCGCCCAAGUUCGGGACGAUCAAGGCUGAAGGCGAGGCGCUUCAGACCAUGUUUUAGGCUCAUCUCAUGUAACGACAAAUGGACACUUGAACGUGGACUUGGGCCCUCUCUCGUAUCCCUCUGCUUAUUUCGUGAAUCCUUCUUGUGCAUGAUAGAUCCUGUGAAUGUAUGUUAGCGAUUUGUAUUCUCCCCAGAUGGAUCUAACGCG